AUGAAAAUUAUUCAGUUACUCCUUCCGCUGUGCUUGGUAGUUUUAGAAUGUCGCGCGCAGAGUUCCAACUCAGGCGACGCGUGGCUCUUGCAGAAUCUUAACAAGAAAAAAGGACCUAACUUGUCACAAACUGGAUCUCCCACAUCAUGCACCACAGAUAAUAAAAGUCCUGGAAAGUGUGUUAAGCCAGCUCAGUGUCAGCAACAACCGCCGGAAAUCGACUUGGAAAAACUCGGUAUCCUUAGGGAUAAACAUUGCCAUUACUUGAAGAUGUGCUGUCCUUUGAGCCAAGUGAUUUCUGGUACAACUGUGACACCAGCCCCGCCAGCACCGAAGAAGUCUGGAUGCGGUUGGAGCAACCCUGGAGUAUAUGCCUUCAGGGCUAAAACUCAGAACCACGCCGAAUUCGGAGAAUUUCCCUGGAUGAUCGCUUUGAUUAGGAAAUCCAGUAGUACGUGGAGCCAGAGCGACUAUUUAGGAGGUGGCACCUUGAUACACAAGUCCGUCGUCAUGACAGCAGCGCACAAAGUCAAGCCAAUCAACUAUCAACCGUCGAUGGUUAUCUGCCGACUUGGUGAAUGGGACACACAGACCACAAACGAACAGUAUGCCCACGAGGACAAGAGCGUCAAAAAGAUUAUUGUGCACGAGCAAUUUAAUUCUAAGCUCAAUUCGAACAACAUUGCGCUGUUGAUAACGACAUCAGAAUUUGACUUGAGUCCCCCCCACGUCGGUAUUGCGUGCUUGGGACGGCGCGUGCCCCAACCUGGGACGAACUGCUACAGCAUGGGAUGGGGUAAAGACUUCAAUAACAACAUGGAGUAUGCCGUUUGGUUGAAGAAGGUAUCAAUCCCUCUAGUGGAACACAGUGACUGCGAGUACUCUCUGCAGCAGUCACUGUUAGGCGGCUCGUACAGGCUUCACAACACCCACUUGUGCGCUGGUGGCAACGGGCAAGACACCUGCAAAGGGGACGGCGGCUCCUCACUCGUUUGCAAGACCCCGACCUCUAGAGCUGACCCAGAUCGCUACGUGGUCUAUGGUAUGGUGUCUUUUGGUGUCGAUUGCAAGGGCCAAUACCCAGCCGUGUACGCGGACGUAUCGAAGAUGAUUACCUGGAUAUCAAACAAGUUCCAGGAUGAAGGACUGGACCUUUCCUUCCUUCCAUAA